AUGACCAUAUCAACGGGCAGAACAACACGGGUGAUAGGAUGGUAUCACUCCCAUCCUCAUAUUACCGUUCUUCCUUCCCAUGUCGAUGUACGGACACAGGCAAUGUAUCAGCUUUUAGAUUCUGGGUUUAUUGGCCUCAUAUUUUCCUGUUUUAGUGAAGAUGCAAACAAGGUUGGUCGAAUCCAAGUUAUCGCUUUCCAGUCCUCUGAUGGAAAGCCGAAUAGUACUCCUACAUCAAUGAGCCUGGUACUUGCAAAUAAAGAUUCUAUCAUUGAUUUAGAAACGUCAGUAAGUUCUUCAGACUCGGCAUACCAGAGAUCCUCUUCUGCUCGGGGUGACAAUCCUGAGCAUGCCACAAGUGAUACAGCUACAACUUCCGGAUCAAAGGGUGGAGGACGAGUAUCAGAUUUUGGGGCUUUCUUUGUCAACAAUACUGCGGCCAACAGCACCAGGAGAGGUGGAACAAGUGGAAAUUACAGCUCAGCUAUAGAAAUUGACUCAAUGGACAUGUCUGAAAGCAUGCAAGAGGCGAUGUUCCGUUCAAACUUGGAAACCAGCGGUGUGGGGUAUGUUAGAAAAGAAGUCCCACUUCAUGUUUUGCCGACUUCAUCCCUUCUUCAACUCAAUUCACCUUUAGCAUCUUUUAAGGAUCUGCAACGAGUACUCUACGAGGAGGAAAGCGCAGCGUACCACCAAUCUCUCCUGCAAAGCACAAGAGCCGGGAAAGUACAUCCUCUCACUUUCAUUCACAACACAUCGACAUAUCAGGCUUCCAUGUGCAAGCUGAUUGAAUACUGCUUGAGUCCCGCCAUUAACGCACUUCAAGAUAGGGUGAGAGAGAACAAGAUCCGGUUAGCAAUGUUGAUGGAAGAAGCUGAGGUUCUGGAAGCACAGAAACUUAAAGGAGCAGAGACGAGCGGAGGACCAUCGCGUCUGGUUCAGGGUUCUGGGAGUCGAAGCAGAAGAGGAUUCUAG